ACUCUUUCUUCUCGCGUUUUCAGUCACCGGAAGGAACUUGUUCGCUAUUUCACAAACGCUUCGUCAACCUCUGCUUCCGAUUUCUUCACCAAUGGCAGGCCGAGGCAAAACCCUAGGAUCCAGCGCCGCCAAGAAGGCCACCUCCCGGAGCAGCAAGGCCGGCCUCCAAUUCCCCGUCGGCCGUAUCGCCCGUUUCCUCAAGGCCGGAAAAUACGCCGAGCGCGUCGGCGCUGGCGCCCCUGUCUACCUCGCCGCCGUCCUCGAGUAUCUCGCCGCCGAGGUUUUGGAAUUGGCUGGAAACGCCGCGAGGGACAACAAGAAGACUCGAAUUGUGCCUCGCCACAUCCAAUUGGCGGUGAGGAACGAUGAGGAAUUGAGCAAGCUUCUUGGGGAUGUUACCAUCGCUAACGGAGGUGUGAUGCCCAACAUUCACAACCUUCUUCUUCCCAAGAAGGCCGGUGGGUCGUCCAAGGGUGCUGGUGCUGAUGACGACUCUUAGAUGAAGAUUCGAUUUUUCCGGAAUUUAGAUGUUCUUUUGUUUCGGUGCUUGUAGUUUUCUUUAUCGUGGUUUGUAGUUGUAGUUAGGGUUCCUGUUAGCGUUGUUAAUACAAUGAACCGCCUCAAGCUCUCAAGUGAGAUUGUUGAAAUUUUAAUAGAAUGAAUGCCCUUUGAUACCCAAUUGUUAUUUAUAAAGGUCGAAUUUUUAAUUA